AUGGAAACACUAAAGACAGUCCGGUUCUACAUCGUCUGGAUGGUGUACUUCACUAUAGGAGUGUCCAUUGACAUCUUCUACGGUUUUUACAAGCCGUAUGGAGAAACGUUCAUCCCUGACGAUUACUUCCUGUCUUUGGUGGCCUCAUUUGCUGCUGUAGCUACCGCCCUUGGUAACCUGUUCUGGGGCCUCAUGGUGGACAGGUAUUCAUACAAGCCCGUCCUGAUAACGCUGAUCACAGCCUGUGGGGUAUUCCAAGCUACUCUAACCACUACAGAGUACGGGGGCAAGCCCAUGUACUUCAUCUGGGUUUGCUGUCUCGGCUUCUCCAUGAACGGCAUAUUCAGCAUCCUUCCCCUGAUAGCCAUAGAGAUGUUCGGACACAAGUACUACUCAGUUAACUAUGGGCUUGUGCACACUGCUGGGAUAGCUUUUAGUUUGGUUGGAGCAACGAUUUCGUCUGAGCUGAAGGAUACCCUGGGGUGGCACGGCCUGUUUCUUCUGUCCGCUGGCAUAGCUGUUAUCAGUUUUCUCUUCUCCCUUAUCCUGUAUUUCAAGACCUGGACAAUGGGCAAAACCGUGACAUCGUUUGUGAUUUGA